AUGAUCCGGUAUUCGGGACCAGGAAGGACGGAAACUAUCUUUCAUUUGAAUAAAUAUACGAAUGCAAGUGCGGCAAUAGAGGAAAUGAAACGAGUGCCACAUAUGGGUGGAACAACACGGACUGGUGAGGCGAUCACCUAUGCCACUGGCGAAUUCGACCAGAGAUACGGAGCGAGAAAAGGAGCAAAACGCCUCAUUAUCAUUUUCACGGAUGGAUAUUCACAGGUGAGAUUCUGUUCAUCGCUACACUAUGAUACCGCAAGGUUAUCGUACAGCCUCUGA